AUGGUUCCCCUUAAACGCAGGAAGACAAAGUCGAGGGCUGCCGGCACCGAUGAUGUUGUGGUUACCAAGUUCCCCCAUGUCAUCAUAUUCCUCCUGGAGCGAAAGAUGGGAGCGAGCCGUAAAACCUUCCUCACUGGACUUGGCAGGAGAAAAGGAUUUUGUGUUGAGGAAUGUUACAGCCAAUCUGUCACACACGUUGUGUCAGAAAACAACUCUGGGGAGGAGGUCCGGGGUUGGCUGGAGGCACAGACACCCGGGGGAGGAGGGACAGGAGUCCCCGCCCACCUGCUGGACAUCAGCUGGUUCACUGAUAGCAUGGCGGCAGGCCAUCCGGUGGACAUCCAGGACAGACACCGGCUGUGGGUGAGAACGCAGCCAAGCUCUGGUGCCAUGGUGACCACAAUGAAAGGAUAUGCGUGCCAGAGGAGAACGCCAUUGCAGCACCAUAACACACUGCUCACAGAUGCUCUCCUGGUACUGGCAGAGAAUGCAGAGUUCUGUGAGGAUGAGGGGCGGAGCGUGGCGUUCAGGAGGGCGGGGUCUGUGCUGAAGGCCCUCCCCCAGGCCGUGCAGAAGAUGGAGGACCUCCAGGGCUUGCCGUGUCUAGGGGGCCAUUCACAGAGAGUAAUUAAGGAGAUCCUGGAAGAUGGGAAAUCAUGCGAGGUGGAGACGGUGCUGCACUCUGAGCUGUACCAGGCAAUGAAGGCGCUGACGGGCAUUUUUGGGGUGGGGGUGAAAACUGCAGAUCGUUGGUUUCGGGAGGGUCUGCGGCGCCCCUCCGAUGUGGUGAAGUUGGGGUACAAGCUUAACCACACCCAGCAGGCAGGUCUACAGUAUUACGAUGACCUCAACACGCCCGUCACCAAGGCAGAAGCCGACGCCAUUAGUCAGAUCGUGGAAGAGGCGGUCCAGGCAGUGUUGCCGGGGGCGAGAAUAACUCUGACAGGGGGAUUCAGGAGGGGCAAGCCGACCGGACACGACGUGGACUUCCUCAUCACUCACCCAGAGGAGGGGAAAGAGGAGGGCUUGAUGCCAAAAGUGGUCAGCUGGCUGGAAGCUCGGGGUCUGCUGCUAUACCAGAAGACCAACAUGAACUCCUACCUGGAGGCCAAGGACGGGCCCGCCCGCCCCCCUCAUAACAUGGACCGCUUCGAGAGGUGCUUCUGCAUCUUCAGACUUGAGCGGCGUCACGCCAGGCUCCAGCAGCAUCCCCUGGCCGUCUGUGAGGAGCAGCCCCAGGAUAAGGACUCUGCUCUGGGGCGGCGAGCAAGCGAGUCCCCGGACUGGAAGGCCGUGAGAGUGGAUCUGGUCGUCACGCCCGUCAGUCAGUUCGCCUUUGCUCUGCUGGGCUGGACCGGGUCGCAGCUUUUUGAGCGGGACCUCCGACGCUGGGCUGGGCAGGAGAAACACAUGUCUCUCAGCAGCCACGCUCUAUAUGACAGUCAACAGAAGCGGUACCUGCGGGCCAGCUCAGAGGAGGAGAUCUUUGCUCACCUGGGCCUGCAGUUCAUUCCCCCAUCUGAGAGGAAUGCCUGACCCACCCACACAACUGGAUGUGGGCGGAGCCUCACACUGGAGGAAAAAUUUACUGCACAAAGAUUUUAAUUCUUUUGAACUUGUGCGUGCAUGAGCGUGUGCACACACGCGUGUGUAUAGUGUACAUGGAAGUUGGCUGUACUCUGGAGAUUAAGAGUAACUUCAUUGUUGUUCUUUUUCUGCAGCAGAUAUUGGAACUCAUGUAAUGGACCAUAAAAUUCAUUACUGACUUGAAUGGUUCUUAAUAUUAAAUCUGGGGGAAACUGAAUGUGAAAAGAGUGUAUCAGUACUUCACUUUCUGCUCACAUGGCCUCUCCCAGCCCUCGUGUGUGCCUAAAGCAUGUUACUUAUGUGCAGUCCUUCUUGUCCUAAAUUUUAACUGUGCCUUUGUGGGUAUAUUUACCUAGAGAUAUUCAAAUAUCACAGAACACUAAAAUUUUAAAAUAAAGAUUUGCUUUUUCAUAGCUGAGUGAGAUGGGUGGAUUAAUGUUGAAGGUACUCACUGGCCACUUGGAUAGAUGGACACUCACUGAGGCAGUUCUUGAUCAAGGCCACACCAAGGAUUGCCCCUACCAAGGGUUAGAACUUGCACCCUUCUGUUUAGCACUGUUUGGAUUGUUAAAUGGUUUGUCACGCUCACAUUAGUUCCUGAAGUGUGUAUGAAAUCAUUUGGGCUCUGACACAUUGCACCCUCACUCCUAAUGGUGAUGGAGACCUGACGACAGAGCCCCCGCCUCGUCCCAUUGCCAGGAACCCCCCUCAUCUCAUCUCCCCCGUCUAUCUCCUGUGCCUGACUGAACAUCCGACACAUCCGGACACAUCCAAAUCACUCUCUAAUGGGGGAACAUGAACGGUCAUUGGGGCUGACAAACAAAGGAAGGGUUUGCACUCAAAGAGGGGGCAGAGCACCCCCUAAAAGUUUUAAACAUAUUUUAGUUAAGGCCCAGGGCGUAGUCUGAAAAAUGAAUAAAUUAAUUUUAAACCCUGUGAAAUCACUUUAAGUUUAAAGUGUUCUGUAUGCCACUAGCUGAAGAUUUUCUCAAAUUCAUAAACAGAAAAAUUCUGACAUUUCCUUUCGUAAUGUAAAAUAUGCUAAUUCUAAACUCAUGAACUGGAGGGCUAAUAUGCUGUGUCUGUUCUGUAAUGAUAUUCACUUGAAGUUCACUUCUGACUGGCAGACACACCAGUGAUUUUUAAAAAUGUAAAUCGCCAUUAGAGCAAUACCAAUACUAAAUCUUAAGAAGUUAAAUGGUAAAAGGUAGCCAAAAUGUUUUCAGCUUACUAUAAAGUAUUCAGAACAAUUGUCUGCUUGUACAGAAGCUGACAGCUUAUUUAAUGAAACUGGACACGUAUAAACUCAGUGAUGUGUACUAUACUGCUGUGCUGUUUUAAUUUGUUGUGAAGGGCUAAACUGAAAAAUUAAAUGGGAUGAAUUGAUACUCAUCUGGUUUCAGUUGGCACAGAAUUCAUCCAUAAAUCAUUUCAAGAGCACAUUGCUUGAAUCUGUUUUCCUUCUGUGGAUUGGGUCACUAAAGCUUGGAGAUUUGGCCACAAUUUUCACCAGCAAAUAAAUGUUUACUUAUUACCCAGUACAUUCUAUUUUGAAAUAAAUACAAAGAGUUUAUGUUAGCUUUUUACUGCAGUUGCAUCCUGGAAAAACUGAUUAGUGCAAGUGAAGGCCAAACCUCUAGGUGCUUUGAUUGAAUCAUCCUUCCUAGUGGAGCUGUCAACUUUGGUUGCACCUUCAAUCAAGUGCAGAUCCCAGGUGUGAAUAUUACCGUGUUUUGCGAAACGCACCAAAUCGUGUUUCCCCAGCAGCGUCUGUGGUAUGAACACGCACUUAAUGCGACUGACACUCGUGAAAAAAAAACACCUUCUGUAUCCUCUGCCACAGCUGUUUUUUUUUUCAGAAGGUUAAAGUGAUGAGGGACCCUAGGGAAAGGAGGGAGGGAGAGAGGGAAAAGAAAAAAGAAGGCCUUGUUUCCUUUGUGGAAUCCCCUUGGACAGGUCCUGUGGGGUUUGGAUGUGGGGAGGGCGAGCUCUCCUGUCCUGAUGGGGAUGGCCUCACACUGUGCCUCACACGCUGUGUGUGUUUUUCUCUCAGUGUUUCUCUCCUCCACCUCUGUGAACGGCAAUGUACCGUUCUCUCAGGGGACACGGAUGAGGACAGAGAAGGGGGGGGGGGCAUUUGGUGGAGGAGGAAGAAAGAAGUGACAUCAGGAAAGGAGGGAGACAGAGAUAGAUCCAGUCUGGGUUUCAUAGGCAAAAUGCUUUGAAUGAAAGCCAGGCCAUAUUUAUGCCAGAUCAUUGCUAAUAUUUUUGUUACUUCUGAAUUAUAUAAUUUGCUUAACAUAGGAACAUGGGUGCACAACAAGAUCUGAUCCAUUUCAUGACUUCUGUUCUUAAUGAUUUAAUAGGCUCAUUCAUAUCUUGAUCUGACAUUUGUAUAAACACCAGUUGCAGCAAGACGGCAAGUGUACCCAAAAAGUACAGGAUUGAACCAGCAUAUUUUAUAGAGUGGUUAGAAAACUAAAUUAAAGGUAAUUGGUUGGAACAAAAACUAUAACGCAGACUAGCCCUCCAGGACCGGAGUUGUUUCUCUUCUGGAGACCAACUAUGUCAUGGCACUCCUUAAGCUAAAAAGAAACAUAAUGAUUUAAGGCAAAUGGGCACAUACGGGCAGUAUGUUGAACAUAAGAGGUGUGAAAGAAGAGUUGUAUCUGUUAUUGGAUUUUAUGCCAACUUCUUAUCAUUUAAUCAGCCCACCCAAUCAUUAAUGUGAUCUGACAAGCUGGCAACAGAUAUUGCUAAGCUUGAGAAUGACAGCUGAAGACUUUUCUUGUGUCUUGUCAUGAAAUAUUUUACGAUGGUCUAACCUAGGACUGGAGCGUACUAGUGUGUGCAGCUCAUUAGCAAAUUGAGCCAUUGUAACUGGCGAAAACAAAAACAAGCAUAAUACUACCCUACAGAAAUAUAGGCCUCCCUUACUGUGGAUACACAACACUUUUACAACACUAAGGAAAGGGGUGGGAGUGGAGGUCACAGGAAGUGCCUAAUGACUAAGUCGUACAAAACAGUUUGAAUCUCAUGUCUCGCUUCAAAUAUAAAAAUACAGAGCUUUUUAAACAUGCUGUAUGUAACUGAAAUCCGACCAGACAAGUCUGGAUAUGAGGCAGGGUGAGUGAGUCACAGGAGGACAGAGCUAAUUAGACACACAAACCUAAUCGUGAGCUAUCUGUCAUGACGGAUCGGGUCACUGGAGGAAAGGUAGCGUACCUGGCAACGCCCCGCGCAGUGAACCGGAAAAGGCAGCUCUCAGGAGCCGCCACUCGCGGGAUUCCGGAUCUGUUUGUCUGCGCGGAGGAUGUGAGGGCGGGGAGGACGUUCGGCCUCCCGGGGCCUACCCUCGCGGGAGAGCCUACCUGAGAACGGUUAAACCCCUCUCCCCCUCCUUCCUCUCCGCGAUGCCAGCCGCGCUCUGCGAGAACUGACGAGCAGGACACAGACCUCCCGUCGGGAC